CUAACAAAGACGCUGGUCCGGUCUGCUCGUCCCUCCUUCCCCUCCUCCUCUCCCUCCUUCCUCUCCUCCUCCUGGUUGGCGCAAUGAACCGCACGCUCUCUCUCAUCUCUUCCCGUCAUGCAGUGCUCUCUCUGCUCCUCCGUCGAGCCGCCAUGUUGUCGGAGUGAAAGCCUGGGGUGUCAGAGUGAAACUGGGGCCAAAAUCCGCGACCAUCCACCCUCUCCGCCGGCUGUGGUGGAAUGAGCAGUGUGUGUGUGUUGAAGACGAAAGCAGUGCUCUGGCAGGAUUCAUUCAGCCCCCACCAUAGAAGUACAUCUCCCAGCAUGCCCGUGGUGCUGAGCAGCGGAGGACACGCCCCUCCCACUGGGCACACCCCACAGGCCACACCCCCCAGCCAGCAGGGUGUGGCGGGUGCUGGACGUUCCCAGGAUGAUGCCAUGGUCGACUACUUCUUUCAGCGGCAGCACGGCGAACAGCCUGGCAAACAUCGCUGGCCCACCGGAGACAACAUCCACGACAGCCAGGUUCGAUCCAUGGAUGAGUUGAACCAUGACUUUCAGGCUCUGGCUUUGGAGGGACGCGCAAUGGGAGAGCUACUAACAGGGAAGAAGUUCUGGGAGACCGAUGACCCUGGGAAGGAUGGACCAAAGGGAAUCUUCCUGGACCAGUGGAGGGACAGUGCAUGGGGUGCCUCAGAUCACUCCGUGUCUCAGCCAAUCAUGGUGUCCCGUCGGCCGGGACAGGGUUUCCACGGUGGAGGUGAAGUUGGGGUCGGCUCAGUGAUGUCCCCACGGUCUGAGAGUGGAGGUUUGGGAGUUAGUAUGGUGGAGUACGUGCUCUCUUCCUCCCCCGCUGACAAACUGGAUCCAUGCCUUCGAAAAGGGCCAUAUGGCCAGAGGGAUGGAGAGGUGGAGGAGGAGAAGAGGGAGAAGCCCAAGGCAGCGUUUGAGGGAGAGAAACUCAAGGAACUGACAGAGUCUGAAGCUGAUGUCAUCAAUGAUGUCAUCAACCCAAAUGGACUGCCGGUGCAGAACGGCCUGGAUGUGGAUGUUAAAGAGUUUGGUCGUCCCCCAGGCAGCAUGCCGGCCCCUGGUCCAGAGGGGGAUUUGCUUGGUGGUCCUGGAGGCGUAGGCCCCGAUGGCCUCAACCCCCUCGGAGGUGGAGGAGGCCCCAAGCCCCCUGAGGAUUUCUCUGGUGUAGAACAGGGUGGUGUUACCAUGGACCCCAUGGAGUCUGUGAUGGAGCCACUUCAGUUUGACUACAACUCCCAGAUGCCCAUGGACUCUGCGCCCACUGUGGGUCUGUUUGAUUACACCAACCAGCAGCAGCUGUUUCAGAGAAACAACGCGUUGGCCGUGCAGCAGUUGACGGCAGCUCAGCAGCAGCAGUACGCUUUGGCAGCUGCACAGCAGCCUCACAUUGGUCUGGCCCCAGCGUUUGUGCCCAACCCUUACAUCAUCAGUGCUGCACCGCCUGGGACAGACCCCUAUGCGGCCGGCCUCGCAGCAGCUGCUACUCUGGGCCCGGCAGUGAUGCCCCCCCAGUACUAUGGAGUGACCCCUUGGGGUGUCUACCCUGCCAACCUGUUUCAGCAGCAAGCUGCUGCAGCCAACAGCUCAGCCAAUCAGCAGGCAGGAGGCCAAGGCCAGCAGAACCAGCAGCACCAGCAGCAGGUCAUGCGCGCUGGGGGCAACCAGAGACCUCUGACCCCCAGUCAAGGCCAACAGGGGCAGCAGAAUGACCAGCUGGUGGCGGCGGCGGCAGUCAACUCGGCUCUUGCCUUUGGUCAGGGCCUGGCAGCAGGAGUCCCUGGCUAUCCAGUCCUGGCCCCCGCUGCCUACUAUGAUCAGACAGGGGCCCUGGUGGUCAACACUGGAGCUAGGAGCGGCCCUGUCCGCCUCAUGGCCCCUGCCUCAGUUAUCUUAUCUCCCUCUGCAGCACAAGCAGUUGCAGCAGCAGCAGCAUCUGCAGGUGGUGCCAACGGUGGUCUUGGUGGUGGGGCCAAUGGUCCGUUCCGUGCCAUGCAGUCCCAGCAGCCUCAGCAGCAGGGAGGCCCCGGCGGUGCUCUAGGUGGAAGCUCCUUCUACGGAUCCUCCUCCCUCAGCUCCUCCUCCCAGAGCUCCUCUCUUUUCUCACAAGGCUCUGCUCAGCCUGGACCUGGCUCUGCGUCACUGGGCUUCAGCCAGCCUGCCUCCUCUUCCCUGGGUGCAACAUUGGGGGCUCUAGGAGGCUUUGGCACUGCAGUGGCCAACUCUAGCGGAGGCAGCGGAUCCAGACGGGACUCCCUGACAGGCAACAACGAGCUGUACAAACGCACGCCGUCCAGCCUCACCCCCAUCGGUCACGGAGGCUUCUACAAUGGAACCCUGGGCUUCAGUCCCUCUCCAGGCCCUGUGGGAAUGCCACUGCCAAACCAGGGUCCCUCCCAUUCCCUGACCCCUCCACCCUCUUUGUCUAAUCACAGCUCCUCAUCCAACCUUAAUCUGGGAGGCUUGACCAACGGCAGCGGGCGUUUCAUUUCUGCCGCCCCAGGAGCGGAAGCCAAAUACCGCAGUGCCGCCAGUUCAGGCUCCUCCCUCUUCUCUCCCAGCAGCCAGUUGUUCCCGUCGUCGCGGCUACGCUACGGCAUGUCGGACGUGAUGCCCUCUGGCCGCAGCCGCCUACUGGAGGACUUCAGGAACAACCGCUACCCCAACCUGCAGCUCAGAGACAUCGCCGGCCACAUCAUGGAGUUCAGCCAGGACCAGCACGGCAGCAGGUUUAUCCAGUUGAAAUUGGAGAGAGCCAGUUCAGCGGAGCGUCAGCUGGUCUUCAGUGAAAUACUGCAGGCUGCCUAUCAGCUAAUGGUGGAUGUCUUUGGGAAUUAUGUCAUCCAGAAGUUCUUUGAGUUUGGAAGCCUGGACCAGAAGCUGGCUCUGGCAGAGAGGAUCCGAGGUCAUGUCCUGUCUCUGGCCCUGCAGAUGUACGGCUGCAGGGUCAUCCAGAAGGCCCUGGAGUUCAUCCCCUCGGACCAGCAGGUCAUUAGCGAGAUGGUGCGGGAGCUGGACGGCCACGUGCUGAAGUGUGUGAAGGACCAGAACGGUAACCACGUGGUGCAGAAGUGUAUCGAGUGUGUUCAGCCGCAUGCGCUGCACUUCAUCAUCGACGCCUUUAAGGGACAGGUUUUUGCCCUCUCCACUCACCCUUACGGCUGCAGAGUCAUUCAGCGCAUCCUCGAACACUGCCUUCCUGAACAGACGCUGCCUAUACUGGAGGAGCUGCAUCAACACACCGAGCAGCUCGUGCAGGAUCAGUACGGAAACUACGUGAUCCAGCACGUUUUAGAGCACGGCCGAGCAGAGGACAAGAGCAAGAUCGUGGCUGAGAUCAGAGGGAAUGUGCUGGGACUGAGCCAGCACAAGUUUGCCAGUAAUGUGGUGGAGAAGUGUGUGACCCACGCGUCACGGGCUGAGCGAGCGGUACUGAUAGACGAAGUGUGCAGCCUGACGGAGGGCCCCCACAGUGCCUUAUACACCAUGAUGAAGGACCAGUACGCCAACUACGUGGUACAGAAGAUGAUCGACGUCGCUGAGCCCACCCAGCGCAAGAUCGUAAUGCACAAGAUCCGGCCCCACAUCUCCACCCUGAGGAAGUACACGUAUGGAAAACACAUUCUGGCCAAGCUGGAAAAGUACUACAUGAAGAACGGCGUUGACCUGGGUCCUCUGUGUGGCCCCCCCAACGGCAUCAUGUAAACACUGACCCCCGCCCUCCCCUCCUCUCUCUUAUGCUUGAAAGUCUGCAUCUGAUUUGACCCCCACCCUUUUAAUCUUCACCUCGUCUGCCUGCCCCGCCCCGCCCUGUUCUGCCCUGUCCUUCUUUGACCCUCCGGAUGGCCUCGUGCCCACCUCCACCCUCCAAAUCUGUGAGGAUAUGGAGCAACCUGUUUCCAUGACAACUCCAAAGGAGUAGAUUUUUGGUUGCUCCUCCUGCACCUUAGGCCACGGAGGGAAGGAGGAAGGGCAGGAGGGCAGGGAGUAAACGAGUGAGCAGGAAGGGAGAAAAUUGCUUCACUCCCUUAAAAAAAAUUUUAUUUUUAUUUUCUCCAGUUCAUCCUUUCUGAUAAAACUGAAACUAUUUUGCUACUGCUGCAAACACAAUCCUAGUUUCCCUUUUUCCCGCCAACCUAACUAUUUACCACUAUAGGAUCGAACGAGUAUUUAACUUGUCCCACCUCACAGAGUCGUAGAUGAAUACACAUACGUACACAAACACACGCACAUAAACGCACUGGUGUAGAUAAACACACACACACACACACACACCGAUGCCAUCAGCUAACCAGCAGACAGAUCAUUUAGCAUGGGAGAUUUCGUUUUCUGGUCUUGCUUCUAUAAAUAUAACGUGUAUACUUGGUGUAGACCUUUGCAUAUAUAUAUAUAAAUAUAUAUAUAAAACUUUGUAGUUUUUUCUGGUUUUUGAUGUUGAAUCUGUAUCUAUAAUGUAUCCUAGUAGUGACCACAUACUUCUGACUGUAUAAUUGUACAUUUGUAAACCCUUGUAAUGUAAAAGUGCUUUACCACCCUUUUGGUAUGAGAAGGAAAAAAAAAUCUCACUCUGGAAAAAAAAAAUCUUAGGAAAAAAAAACCCUGUGCAUUUCAGUGUAUAUUCUCACCUCCUUGGUUGUGACAUAUAAGUUGUUGUAUAUUGUAAAUUGUAAUAUCAAAAUUUUGUUUUGAAAGGCCCUUUCUAUACAGCGUAGUUCUUGUACAAAGAUUCACCACGCUUGGUUUUAUCUUUAUCUCAUCACUGCUUAACUUAAAGAUCCAUCUCCCACUGACCCCCAAUCGGACAUGUUCUGUUAGCCUUGGUGGUGUUCUCCCAUUUGUGUUGAAGUUUGUUUUUUUUUUCUUUUUUUAAUUUUUAUAAAGGAAUGCCCCAUGUAAUGUGUCAUGUGUAUAGUUUUGCUGGUUGGGCGGGAGAAGUAAAUUUGACUCAGUUGAAGCCACCUCAGACCCCUCAGUUCUCCAUGACUACUUUCAUGGCUGAACCCACGGAUUGUACAGAGGAUAUUCUUGUGUUUUUUGGCAUUUCUCUAGUGCUGUAAGUGCUGUAUCAUACUGUUCAUGUCCUUUUGGGUGAGAGAGGCCGCCCGCCACAGCGCGGUGUACAUUUGGAGCAGCCUUGUGUAUAUUUACUACGAGCACACCUGUAACCAUAUGUGUAUAGUUAACAGAACCUGUGUAUGCUUAUUGCCUGGGCAACUAUUUUUUGUAACUCCUGUUGUAGAUUGUCUCUAAACAAUUGUGUGAUCUUUAUUUUGAAACCAAACUGAACAAAAAAAAACUUUGAAAAUUUAA